CCACUUACUGGCAGUAAGGAGCCAGGAGACUGGCAUUCCCAGCACCAAAAGCCUGUUGAUCUUUGACCUUCACCACUCCCAGGGCCCUUGGCCCUCCUCUCUUCUGCCUUCGCACUGGCCUCUCCCUCCAUUCUGUCUCCUCAUUUCCCUCUGUGCUCUUGGUCUGACUGGCAGUUUUUCUCAGCUCCUUGCCCAGGUCAGUCCUUCCAUGCUGUCUUCAAGCCAUGCUUCCUGUACAUCUCCCAACCCAGACAAGGAGAACCCAAGUAAGACGGUCCAGUGGACUUCUGAGAAAAGGAGGAGGACAUCAUCCUCAGACACAGACCCCUCUAGGAUAUCCAGGUCCAGGAGACCCAGCCGACUGACAGUGAAAUACGACCGGGUGCAGCUCCAGCGCUGGUUGGAUAUGGAGCAAUGGGUGGAUGCUCAGGUUCAGGAGCUCUUCCAGGAUCAACCAGUCCCUUCUGAGCCUGAGAUUGACCUGGAAGCUCUCAUGGAACUAUCCACAGAGGAGCAGAAGACUCAGUUGGAGGCCAUUCUCCAAAACUGCCCCCGCCCCACAGAGCCUUUUAUCUCUGAGCUUCUCAGUCAACUCAAGAAACUCCGAAGACUCAGCCGGCCUCAGAAAUAAACCUGGAGAGACUACCUUAGCAACCUCAGUACCCUGGACCCUGGCUGAAAGGAAUACAGUUCCUUGAGACACAGACAAGGAAUAUAAAGGACAGGGAGGGACAUUGGUACACCCUAGUAUAUGUGCAGUCGCAGCUAGGCUGUCUGGGAGCCACUCAUUGCUGUUGUCCAGUGCUUUCCAUGUCAGCCAAGUGGAUAAAAUCUUUAGCAGCCCCAGCUAAA